AUGCUGCGCUCCACUUCCACGGUCACCCUGCUCUCGGGCGGUGGCGCCAGGACACCCGGGGCGCCCAGCAGGAGGGCAAAUGUCUGCAGACUACGGCUGACCGUACCUCCUGAGAGUCCGGUUUCUGAGCAAAGUGAAAAGAAGGUUGAAAGACAAGAGCAAUAUCCUGACCCAAGCAAUGGAGAACCAACCAGGAAACUCCCUCAGGGCGUUGUCUACGGAGUGGUGCGAAGAUCAGAUCAAAAUCAGCAGAAAGAAAUGGUGGUAUACGGGUGGUCUACCAAUCAGCUAAAAGAAGAGAUGAACUACAUCAGAGAUGUGAGAGCCACUUUGGAAAAAGUAAGGAAACGAAUGUAUGGAGACUAUGACGAAAUGAGACAGAAGUUUCGACAGAUCACCCAGGAAUUGUCAGUUUCACAGGCCCAGCAGAACUAUCUGGAGAAUCACAUCCAGACACAGUCGUCAGCCCUGGACAGUUUUAAUGCCAUGAACUCAGCUUUGGCGUCAGACUCCAUUGACCUACAGAAAACGCUCGUGGAUGUUACUUUGGAAAAUAGCAACAUUAGGGAUCAAAUCAGAAAUUUGCAGCAGACAUACGAAGCAUCCAUGGAUAAGCUGCGGGAAAAGCAGAGGCAGUUAGAGGUAGCACAAGUUGAAAACCAGCUGCUGAAAAUGAAGGUGGAGUCCUCCCAAGAAGCCAAUGCGGAGGUGAUGAGAGAGAUGACCAAGAAGCUGUACAGCCAGUACGAGGAAAAGCUGCAUGAAGAGCAGCGGAGGCACGGUGCUGAGAAAGAAGCUCUCCUGGAAGAAACCAAUAAUUUUCUGAAAGCGAUUGAAGAAGCCAAUAAAAAGAUGCAGGCGGCAGAGAUCAGCCUAGAGGAGAAAGACCAGAGGAUUGGGGAGCUGGACAGGCUGAUCGAACGCAUGGAAAAGGAACGCCAUCAACUGCAACUACAACUCCUAGAGCAUGAAACAGAAAUGUCAGGGGAAAUAACUGAGUCUGACAACGGAAGGUAUCAGCAGCUAGAGGAGGCGUCUGCCAGCCUCCGGGAACGGAUCAGACACCUAGAUGACAUGGUGCAUUGCCAGCAGAAGAAAGUCAAGCAGAUGGUUGAGGAGAUCAUGUCACACGAACUCUUCUCCAGAUUUAGUCUCCGGCUCUUUGGAAGAUGAUAAAAUGGUAGCCUGCUCUGGGUUGGAAGCAAUUCCUUUUAUGGUUGGUGAUUAGAAGAACACUUGCACUCUCUCUGCUGGGAAGAGGUGGCAUGUAUCUGAGGAGCUAAUGGACAAAACAGGAAGGACAUGCUAUUGAAAGGACAAUGUGACCAUGUAGGGCUCUCUUUUUUGAAAACACCAAAUACUGUUACCUCAGCGUGUACAACUUCACACUGCAGAGUCAAGAGAACUCAAAGAUCCAAAAAGUAUUUUUAGAAACUUGGGUUCCUAGACACCAAAGAAGGAACUGCGAUGAAAAAUUGUACUAAAAUAUCAUUCAGAAAGUGCCAGGUGGAGGCUGAUGCUAAGAUCUUGGGAAAUGGAGCCUUACAGAUGGAAAAGCUGCUGAGAACACCUGCUAAGGAGAUGGGAAGCGGGCUUGAAGAACUGCAGUGCUCCAGGAAGGAAGUGCUCCCCAGCAGAUCACACCCCAGAAAAAACAGAAGCAGCCACGUGCCCGUGCAGUUUGAUUAUAUGUGUAUGUGGGAGGUGGCCCUGAGGAGGUCUCUGAAUAGAGAUGAACGGCACUGGUCAACUUAGCACCCUUCCUGUUCGUUUAAGAAAAGUUUGGUUGGCUUCUAUCACCACAGACGUUUUGCCUGGAUAGACAGUUCAACUACCUUCCUGAAAAGGAGAAGCAUAUCUGCUGAAGAGAGAAAUAUAUUUGGCUGAAAUAUAUUAAAGUGAAAUAGACACCAUGCCUGAGUUAUUUUUAUGGAUGUCUUCUUGAGACAGCCACACGUGCUGGUAUCUCAUCAAAACCUAACAGUGUUGCUGAAAACUAGCAGUAGCAGCAGCAGUGGUAGAAAUAGUCAUUGGGGGGUCGUAGCCUGUAUAAGCUUGUAGACGGGGCUAUGGAUUAAGUUCAUUAAGGGGCCACGCGUCACUUAGACUUUGGACAGUUCUCCACUCCCACUACUUCCUCGUAGCAAAGUGGGCAAGUAGAUGUGUUCUUGUCAAUAGUUGUCUUUGGUCUUUCGUUUUAGAUGCUUCUGCUCAGCUUAUGCAAGCCGGCAGAGGAUGGGAAAGGUAGCAGGUGAAGAAUUUUCCAUACCAGUAAUGAGCUGUUAAAGCAUUAACCUACACUCUGUUUAAGUGCAGAUUCCCACAUACUCUGCUGGGUAUCCAGACUUCCACGAGGGAGAUUUCAGUCGGGUCUGAGAAUCGCUAGUCUAGAUGUCACUCUAGCGUCGUGACCUACACUGUGUCUAGGGAUACAUACCUUCACUGCCCUCACGUUUUUCUAAGUCUCUGUUGGAAAAGUUUCUGGUAUUUGUUCUAGUGGAAUAGAUUCGUUACCCAGAUUCAAAAAAUGAAAUAGUGUGACAUGGGAAUGUAAUGACUUGAAAGCGGGCCACCCUUAGGAGCUUCUCUCCUGCCCUUGGACCAUCUUCCCUCUUUUGGGCUACAGAGUACUUGAAAGCCAGAUAGGCUUUAUUUUGUGCACAGAGAGUGGGAGAGGUGCCUAGGUUGUUCGCAGGACCCUGCGAGUGCCCCCCAAAUUUCAUGCCCUCGGCGCCUCAUGCAUCUCCUCCUAGGACUGGCGCUGGGUCCUGGGCUAAUUGGUGAUCUCCUCAAUCUGGGUCCCAGCCUGAUAGCACCUCCCUCCACCCACUCCCCCCUGCCCUUGUCUGUGCCCCUCAAUUCACCCUUUGUUGCUGGGAUUGUGAUACGGUGUGAACUUGACUUGUUGCUUAUCAGAUCAGAGUUGGGUGCUCACAUCCUCCGCCUCCUCCUCCCUUUAAUGGGAUCAUUAGCCUUGGGCUCUUAAGUUUGCAAUUCUGUCCAUUGGCCACUCAGGCCCCGCCCGACCCAAGAGUGCUGCUCAGAAGUUUGAGGAAGAAUUUAUUUAGGGUAAAUGAAAAUGUUAUAGUUUCAGAUUCUAGUAUUUAACGUUAUAUCAUUCACUUUAUUUUGAAAUCUUAGAUACUUUAGCUAAAAUGUAAAGUUUUUAGAAGGUCUCAGAGAGCACAGACAUAUAGGAGCCUUUUUUCCUACGCAUUAUAGAAAGGAAUAUUGCAGGUUCAUGGUAUGACAUGCACUGAUGAAUGUAUUCACAAUACAAAUUGUCCUUUCAAGGGAGAAGGUCUUUUUUUUGUAAAUGUCACUGAAUCCAGUUUCUCUUUGUUGAUUGUUUCUAAUUGGCUCUGAAAUAUUUCUUAGAGACUAGGUGCCCAGGUUCUGCCAUAGAGAAUAUGUGAGGCUGCGCUCCUGUCCAAGUAACUACCAGCUAUUGGAUGUUUCAAGGUUAUGCAUCUAGAUCUCGCAUUCCCACCUUAACCCUCUGUGGGAGGUAUUGUUAGCCACCCCCACCUUUUAUUUUAGCCCAGCAAACUGAGACUUAAAGAGUCUUAAAAAAGAAGUAGCUGGCCGUCCCUUAGCAAAUGAUAAUGGCGCUGGGUCCACACCCAGAUCUUUGACUCUAAAGCCUGCGUUUGUUCUUUGCUUCUUUUUGUUAUUGGAAAAAAUGUUCAAAUAUGGAAAAUUUUAGAGAACCAUUAAAAACAAAAAGCCUGGUACUGUUCUCUAAAAUUGACAAGUGUUAACAUUUUGGCAUAUUUCAGAUUUUUUUCUAAAUAAAAAGAAAAACAUUACAAAGAAGAGGUUCUCUUUUUAUUCCUCCUCAGUUAUGAUCUUUUUCCUUAUUCCCCCUCCCUUUUUCUCCAGGGGCAAUUUGGUCUCUAUCCAGACCAUGUUUCCAUGUUUUACAACAUAUAUAUUUAUUAUCAGAAUAUAGCUUAGUUUAUGUGUUUAAAAAUGUAUGUAAUUUUUAAAAUAAUAUAUAAGUAAAAUUUAUUGUAUAUAUUUUGCAACUCACUCCUUUUCCCAAUUUUGUUUUUGAUAUUGUUACAUAUAGAUCUAAGUUAUUCAUUUGAAUGGCUGUCUCAUAUUCCGUUAUGUGAAUAUAUUGUAAUGUAUCUUAUUGAUAGACAUUUACCUUGUUUCCAAAUUUUUAUUCUGUUACAAACAGUACCAAAUGUGUCUCUGUGCAUCUCUAGCUAGGGAAUGGACUUAGAGGAGGAAGUGCCAGAGCCUCAGGUUGGCACAAUUUCACCUUCACCUAGAUCUUGCCCAAUUUCUUUCCAAAGUACACAUAUGCUUCCACCUGUCAUGUAUGGGAAGGCGUAUUUCCCCACAUCCUCACCACCUCUUGGCACUGUUAGACUAUAAUUUUUGCCAUUUGUGAAAUAGAAUCUCUUUGUUUUGAUUUUAAUUUGUGUCAGCGUGAUUACUACUCAUUAUGACUGGAGAGGUUGAGCGUUUUUUCAUAAGCUUAUUGACCAUUCAGGCUUCCACCCUUAUGAGUUGGCUGUUUGUAUCUUUUGUUUAUUUUUCCGUUUGGUUGUUUAUCUUUUUUUUCCUGCUCAUUUGUAGGAGCUCUGUGUAUUAUCAAUAUUCAUCAUUUAUCAGAAAAUAUUUGGAUGCCAUUGUCUUCUCCACAUCAAUGGUUUUUGUUUGUUUAUGGUGUCUUGUAUAAUAUACAAGUUUUUAUUUUGGUGUAAAGUCUCAAUCUUUUUGUGUUGUGUUGUCUUGUUUGUCGUAAGAAUAUUUUUUGUAAUAGUUUUAGAGCUCUGUUUUCAUCUUUAGGUCUUUAAUUACACCCCCACCCCAACUCAUAU